AUGCGCCCUAAUGAGGACAUCCUUAAUGAAUUUUAUGGGUUGGUGGAACUCAAUGCACAAAAACGCUACGAAGCAGUUAGCCGACUAUAUAUGAAAGUGAAGUCGGACCCGUCUGUACAAGAAUACUGUGUUGAACGACUUAUCGCUGGACUGAGCUCAACUAGAGCGGCAGCUCGCUUCGGGUAUGGCUUCUUUUUUGACGUGAUAUUUUUCGCUUUGUCCAACUUUUCAUCCUAUAUGCUAUCACUUUUUUCGAUAUACACUUUUAAAGAUUCACACCGUAUUUACAAACUUUCUGCUUGUUAAGC